AUGAAGGGGCUCCUCACACUGGCUUGGUUCCUGGCUUAUGGUGUGCCUGCCGUGCCAGGGGGCUUGCUGGACCUGAAGUCCAUGAUCGAGAAGGUGACUGGCAAGAAUGCCCUGAAGAACUACGGCUUCUACGGCUGUUACUGUGGCUGGGGCGGCCGAGGAACUCCCAAGGAUGGCACUGACUGGUGCUGUUGGAUGCAUGACCGCUGCUAUGGGCGGCUGGAGGACGAGGGCUGUGGCAUCCGGACACAGUCGUACCAGUACCGAUUCACGCGGGGCCUGGUCAUCUGUGAACACGGGCCCUUCUGUCAAGUGGGUCUCUGCACCUGUGACCGGAAGCUUGUCUACUGCCUGAAGAGAAACCUCUGGAGCUACAACCCUCAUUACCAGUACUUCCCCAACAUCUUCUGCUCCUAG